AUUUUCAGAAGCGGUCAAAUCAAGACAUUUUUAGAUUUGAAUUGAGUUCAGCCACACUAUGUCUGAUAACGUUCAUUCUUCAAGUAACGAAGACGAUUCCGUUGUGAUAAUGCAUGAUAUAAGACGAAUCUUCAAUGAUAUUAUGUUAUCUCGAAGAUUUACAAGUUGGAACAAUUUUGAGACCUGUUUGAAAGAAGUACAUAAGUAUACGCAUACUAAGUACGUUAUGUCAGUAUGCAAAAAGAACAGUGAUGAUCCAACUCUAAAGUACUUUUUCGUGAGAUAUGUCUGUACAUAUGGAGGUAAACGCAGUUCGUCAGAGUCAGAUGCUUGCGUUCAAGAUGUAGAUGAUGAUAGUAAUAAUCAUUCUUCUGAAGAGCAUACAACUUCUCACUCGCCAACACAAUCUAGGCAAAGGAGACGACGUCGGUCAUCUACGUCGAAAUAUUGCCACUGUCAAUCAGGAUUUUGGGUCCGGGCAGUAAAUGAAGGAUAUAUUUCUGUCGAUCCACCGAAACGACAGUUGACCUCAAGUGAACGCUUGUAUUUAAGAACGUUUCUACUGAGUAAUACAUCAACUCGUAGCUUACGGUAUCUGGUUUCUUUGAAGUUCAAUAAACAGCUUACCAAGGACGAUAUCGCCAGAAUGCGUUCACAGUUGUACCCAGACACUAAAAAUAUCAAUGACAUUUUACAGUGCAUUCAAGCAAAUACUGAAGUUAAAGUAUUCAAUGAAAAUGGGAACAUGUCUAUGAUUUGCUUCAGCCGCAGAGAGCAAAUAGCUGUUUACCACGCGUUCCCGGAGGUAAUAUGUAUUGAUUCGACUUAUCAGACCAAUAAAGUCGGUUUUCCACUGUUCCAGCUAGUAGUGACUGAUAGUCUUGGGCAAGGGCACACUGUUAUGUAUGCUCUUUGCAGUCAAGAACGACGCGAAGAUAUCGAAAAACUAUUGGAAUGUUUUAAAGAGAUAAUGUGCGGUACUUAUGCUACACGCACUUUCAUUAUGGAUUCGGCAGCGACCGAAAUUUCGGCUGUGCAGUCUACGCACAGUCAUUCUAACAUAAUACUUUGUUCAUUCCAUGUCCUAAGAGCGUUUUUCAGGAAGUUUCGAAAUCUCAAUGUGCGCAAAUGCUUGGAACACCUUGUGAAGAUUAGACGGUCUGAUAUAUUUACUCGGAAGUACGAACAUCUAAGGACGCAUUUCCCAUGGGCGUAUGAUUACAUAAAAGAUUACUGGAUUGCCAGGAAGUCAAUGUGGGCUCGCUGUUACCGGCGACAUGUAUUAAGACUGAGCGACCACACAAACAACCGUGUCGAAAGUGCUCAUAAACACCUAAAAGAAUGUCUCAGAAGAGGUGAUUCCCUGCUAUUGACGUUCUGGAGAAUUUGGAGUAAAACAGACAUUGACCUACGUUUGCGUCCUUAUGACGCUGUGAAGGAUCUUCAACGUUUUCCAAUUCUUCAGGUAAGAAAUAUAGUUAAAUGUAUAAUUAAUUCCAGGUUCCAAUGUCAUUUCGAACUCUUCUAAAUGAGUUCACAUCUUUUGCAGCUAAAAUUGUAGCUGUAAAUUAUAAACGUGUUCGGACAAUGAGACACGAAUUUAUAGAAGGGGAAUACAUCCGGUGCUACGACAAGCGUAUGAUGUAUGUUGUGGAUACUUCACGUGCACGAUGUGUUUGUGAGCGUUUCAAUAUACUACAUGCUGCCCGGUGGUCAUAUUCUCUAUGCACAUUCGAAAGAUCUGAUUCGUGGAGACUUAUUUCGACAUAGCAACCGGUGGACAAGAAAAUACAUAAUGGACCUGGUUCUUCGUGGGCUGGACAUCUCAAUCUCUACAGGGAGUGAUGAUCUGCUAGAGAAGUACACUAGCAACUACCACUCAAUCCAUGCUCUUAGUGAACCUUUGGCAAGUAAACUCAUCCGUUCAUGCCUCGAAGCAUCGGAAGACAUAUGCGCACAAUUGAUGAGUUCAGUCGGUGCUAAUGAUGAAGUUACAACGUCAGAAUCCAUUGUUAAUACAGACCAUAGCUAUGCUUCUUGCUAACAAGUUCUAAUAUUGUAAUCUUUUUAGUUUUACAUAAAUUCAUUUAUAUGGC